UGCGGCUGUGCUGCGUGAAAGCCCAGCAGUUGCUUUGACGAGUCAUCGCUGGAGAAGAUCCCAGAGCAGACGGAUCCGCUGUCUGAUGGCUUGAAAACGGGGAAUCACUGUGGACCGCAGCGGAUUUAUAGCAUCGUACGAGCCCGGAGGAGCGACGCGGAGGCGGCACGAGCGGACCGGUUGCAGACACGGGUCGGGAUACAUUACCUUUAAGUGAGGCUGUUAUCGUUUUUUGUUUUUGGAAGCCGGACACAGACAACACGGAGAGAAAAGUAGUACCACAGCCUCCGCGACAGCAGCGGGCGAACUUGUCAUCUCUGUCCUGUGGGAGGUGUCUGUCUGUCGGCUUGGGGCUCUCUGCACGCACCGCUCGUCUCGUCACUGAUUGGACCUUUUUAAUUUGAGGGAUAUUUGUUGUGUUUUGUACAAAUCGCUCUUAUUUUGUGUUUUCCUUCAACCAACUGUGGCUUUAAUGUGACGCACCACACUGACACUUGUGCUGUGUGUAGAGCAGACCCUCUGCAGAGGAGUAAAAGGCUUCCUAAUCAAGUUUUUCCCCCCUUCAUAUUUCUGCGGCAACGGCACAGACCACACCGAUGUCAUAGGGACAAGGACAGAAGCAGACCAAGCUGGGCCAGGCUAGGCCAGGCCUAGGCCUACCUAGCCAUCAAUCUGGCCUUACAAUAGAGGCCAGCAACCUCUCUUGGAAGUCUUUUGUUCAGGCAGCUGAGGAGGCUUCAGCCUGGUCUUACAGAGACGUCACCAGACCUAAAAAUCAAACUUUGGCAUCCAGGCACCUUCUGUCAUCUUUUAAGAGGCCAUACUGGUCUAAUAGAUCUCCAGUCAUUCCAUGUUGCGGUCAUCCCAGUCUGGUUGUUGGCAGCAGGAUGGAGUUACGCGUUGAUUUGACGGUUAUCGUCUCACUGCAGUGCUUGCACCCCUCCUCUGUUGACUGCCUUUCAUCCCUUCCCUCCCCAGUUUUUAAGAGAAAGCCCCUUCCUCUCACCUGGGGCUUCCCUGAGCCCUCCACGAAAGGGCCUUGUAGAAACUGUGGGUUGUUAAUUUAAAACAUUGCAAAGAGGAAAACAAAAAAAUACAAAAGACAUCAAGGAUUGCUGCAUUCAGUCGAUUUUUCUUUGUUCUAUUGCACAUUAACUUUCAUUUUCUUGCAGUUUGAUCAAAGGUUAAUGAACUAGGAGGUUGAGAUCUGUGCUCAGAGUUUACAGGAAUAAGUUACAUAAAAGUCUUUACAUACAGAUUUGCUCUUUUACAGUUUGAGCUUUUUUUUUUUUGAAAGAAUGUCUGAAGAAAAUAGCAGCAGCAAAGCAGUGAAAUUCAUUGCUCCUCUUGCCCCUGUUUCUUCUCCGUCCCACUGCCCAUCACCCCAGACCCCCCACAAGAAUGUGAACGGCUCUGCCAGUUCAGACACGCAUGUCGUGGAGAAGCUUGGUGGAGAGCCGGAGGUCCAACGUCGGCGCCACACAAUGGAUAGAGACUCUAAAACGGCCGAGCACCGGUUCUUCCGCCGGAGUGUCAUUUGUGACUCGAACGCCACAGCUUUGGACCUGCCCAGCAAAGCAGCUGUGUUACUCACAUCACCCCCAGACUGUGAAGGGACUCCCACCAUCUUUUCUCCACAGCUUUUAAACCUUGGAUCUGGUGGACAGGAUUAUGAAGGUGAGGAGUCCCAAAGAGGUUCCUAUCUGCAGAGCAGUACCCUUCAGCCUUCAUUUGGGCAUGGUGGGGCAGUCGAAGAGGGGGGUCUACAAAAUGCCGAGGGAGAUUUGGAUGUGUGCACGAUUGCUGUUCCUACCAGUAGCAGUGUUGAACAUAGUGCAGAUGGGGCAGUAACAGAGCCCAGCUCGACAGUAUUGGAUGUUACCAAUAAAACAGUAGCCAAACAGCCUGACAUCGUAUUGCGUCCCAGAGGGCUUCAGGAACAGGUGGCCAAAGACGGAAAAGCAGUAGAAAAUGUGUAUGAGGGAAGCAUCAGUAGUCCAACCGAGGAGAAAGACAGGGAGAUGGAGGAGGAGAAGGGGCUCGCGAAAGCACGGGCAGAGCAGAGGGAGAAACGGGAGCAAGAAGAAAUAGAGGAGGCUGAAACAAAAGCUGUAGGGACUUCACCAGAUGGACGCUUCCUGAAGUUUGACAUUGAGAUCGGGAGAGGGUCUUUUAAGACUGUCUACAAGGGUUUGGACACUGAGACAACAGUGGAAGUGGCAUGGUGUGAGCUACAGGAUCGUAAACUGUCCAAGUCCGAGCGCCAGCGGUUCAAAGAGGAGGCCGGCAUGCUGAAGGGUCUCCAGCAUCCUAACAUUGUCCGCUUCUAUGACUCCUGGGAGGGUCCCUGCAAAGGAAAGAAAUGCAUUGUUCUCGUCACUGAGCUCAUGACAUCUGGCACGCUAAAAACCUACCUGAAGCGAUUCAAGGUGAUGAAAAUCAAAGUUCUGCGCUCAUGGUGCAGACAGAUCCUGAAAGGCCUUCACUUCCUGCACACCAGAGCGCCACCCAUCAUUCACAGAGACCUGAAAUGCGACAACAUCUUUAUCACAGGGCCCACGGGCUCGGUGAAGAUAGGGGACCUGGGGUUGGCCACGCUGAAGAGAGCCUCUUUUGCCAAGAGCGUCAUAGGUACACCAGAGUUUAUGGCUCCAGAGAUGUAUGAGGAGAAGUAUGAUGAAUCUGUAGACGUCUAUGCUUUUGGGAUGUGUAUGCUGGAGAUGGCGACCUCAGAGUACCCCUACUCCGAAUGCCAAAAUGCUGCCCAGAUCUACAGACGAGUUACUAGUGGAGUGAAGCCUGCCAGCUUUGACAAGGUAGCCAUUCCCGAGGUGAAAGAAAUUAUCGACUGCUGCAUCAGAACUAACAAGGAUGAGAGGUAUGCCAUAAAGAUCCUGUUGAACCAUGCGUUCUUCCAGGAGGAAACAGGGGUCAGGGUUGAACUGGCAGAAGAGGACGAUGGAGAAAUGAUUGCUAUUAAACUGUGGCUCAGGAUAGAAGACGUGAAGAAGCUCAAAGGAAAAUACAAAGACAACGAAGCCAUCGAGUUCUCCUUUGACCUGAACAAGGACGUCCCUGAAGAUGUGGCCCAGGAAAUGGUUGAGUCUGGCUAUGUUGCUGAGGCUGACCAUAAGACCAUGGCCAAGGCCAUCAAGGACCGUGUGUCUCUGAUCCGGAGGAAGCGAGAACAGAGGCAGCUGGUUCGAGAGGAACAGGAGAAGAGGAAGCUGGAGGCAGAACAACAGCAGCAGCAGCAGCAGCAGCAACAACAGCAACACGAUACACACAAAGCUUCACACACACAGGCAGAGACCGAGGAGGUCGAAGUGGAGCAGCACCAGCUUCUCUAUCAGCAGGCGAGCAUCUCACACACAUCUGAAGGAGGCGUGGACAGUGGCCAGGGUUCCUCUGUUUUCUCCUCAGACUCCCCCCACCUGGGUCAGCUGACCAUGUCGUACAGCUGCCCCCCUUCUAGCCAGCCUCCUUCCCAGCCCCAGACCCCCUAUCCCCCUACCCCCUCUGCUACCCCACAGCAGCACCCGGGCUAUGCCCAGCCGCCGCAGCCGAUGCAGACUCAGGUGUCCUCCCCUCAGCCAACUUCAGGACCACCUUUGGUCCCUGCCAGCACACAGCCACCACUUUCUGGGACCGCCCAACAGGUUGCCUCAUCUAGCCAGAGUAGCACAUCACUUCAAAGCCCCACACACACCCCUCUGCCACAGUCGCCUGCACAGCCUGCCUCACAAUCUUCAGAGUUACCUCAGUCCCAGCUACAGCCACCUCAAGUUCUCUCAUUCAUAGAGAGUGGCCAUUCUGAGACUUCAGGUUUGAGCGACGGCAACGAAGGAGGAGGAGGAGGUCGUCAUGAAGGGCGCUCGGCCAAGCGACACCAGAGACGUUCUGUGCGAAGUCGAUCGCACCAUGAGAAGACGACCAAGGCGAAACUCAAUGUUCUCAAUAUCUCCAACCUCGGAGACAGGGUAGCAGAGUGUCAGCUGGAGACCCACAACAGGAAGAUGGUGACCUUUAGGUUUGACUUGGAUGGAGACAACCCUGAGGAAAUUGCCCAGAUCAUGGUCGAGAGUGAGUUUAUCCUGGAGAGCGAGAGAGAGUCAUUUAUUGAACAGGUCAGAGAGGUGAUAGAGAACGCUGAUGAGAAGGGUCUGGAAAGAGAUGCCAACAGCCAGACAAAGAAAACAAUGGCAGGUGACACGGAACAGCAGAAUCCUGCAAUAUCUGCCCCCAUGCAAGGCAUCCCACCCAGUCCAUCUGCACAAGUGGUCCACUCGGCAGGUCGGAGGUUUAUCGUCAGCCCUGUACCCGAAGCGAGGCUGAAGGAACAAAUGCUUCCCACCUCUCCUUCUCUUGCGCCUCAUGUUGAGACGGUUUCUCCACCUCCAUCACAGACUCCAGGUCAAGGUUUGGGCUUGUCCCAUUCUGCAGGAGCAGUCAGCUUACAGCAAGCAUUCUCUGAACUCCGACAGAACCUAAAUCAGCUUGAUUCAGGUCCCAACACUGCCCCACCCUCCAUCCACUCCACCCAUCCUCCACUUCUGGAGCCUGCAGCAGCUUCUGUCCCUUCACAGAGUAGCACGCUCACUCCCACUGUGGAUGCCACUGCUGGGCAUGUCCCUUCUAAUUUAAACACAACACAGGAUGCCUCUCUUCCUCCUCUUUCUGUAUCCUCGACCCCUUCCGCCAUCCAUCUCAGUCCUCCCUGUUCCUCUUCUCCCCCUACAACAGUGAAUCAAGGCAUCCUUCAAUCACAGGUACUUUCACAGCCAGUAACUCAGGUUGUCUCACAACCCCAGACACAGGUACAAGCACAGCCUCAGCCCCAGGCUUUCAGCCACCCUCAGUCCCAGACAGUUUCUUCUGUCAGUGCUGCUUCAGUACCUUCCACUUUACCAACAGUGGUUCCCCCACAAAUGCUCACCUCCCCUCCUCUAGCCCACACCAUUCCUUUUGUGUCCUCCCCGCCCUCUUCAUCUCUUAUAGCCAGUGAAGUCUCCUCUGAUCAUUCAUCAGUCUUGCCAACUCCUUCCCUGACCUCCUCAGUCAUCCCCACCACUGCCAUCCUAGGUCCCCAGCUCGCGCCCUCUGUCGUCUCCCUCCCUGCUCCUACUCCCUCAUCUUCUGCUGGAGGACUUCUGCCGGUGACCACAAAUGUCCCCGCAGUCCAACCAACUUUGGUGCACUCUCAGCCUCAGACAGCAGCCCUCCCUGGGCAGACGCACGCCCACAGUGACUGCGACCCCAGAUGUGAGCACUCCUCUGAGUCGCAGUGCAAACCAGACGACAUCCAAGCUCUGGAAAUGAAGCUGCGCUCUCUCUUCAUGGACCUCGGAGGCGGGGUGCCUUCCACCCAGGGAGACAUCAUAGCUGCUGAUCUGGCUGCUGUGGCAGGUACCUCGUCACCAGUAGGCCCUUGCUCCACCUCCACCACGUCUGUCGCAGCAUCUGGCUCCAGCCAGUCAGCCAUUCCUCCUCAACCUCCUUCCAGCCUGGCGCUGGGGUCACUGGGAUCCCCUGCUCCAAUCCAGGGCCCUGGGACGCCUGUCUUCACCCCUGCACAGUCUAUCAUCCCUGUCUCAUUAGGCCAGACCACUCCAUCCAAAACGCCCUUAUCCAGAGUACCGGCCAGUUCUCCUCCUUCAGAACUCCCGCCACCCUUCCCCGGACCUUGUGUAAUACAGUCCCAGCAGCCUCUGGAGGACUUGGAUGCCCAGUUAAGGAGAGCGCUGAGUCCAGAGACCGUUCCUGUGGGCUCUCAGGCCUCCCAUGUUAGUGUGGCUUCAGUUGGACAACCAGUUCCCUUUCCAGUGGAGGAAGAAACUUUGUCCUCUCCUGUUCAUCCUCCUCAAACUCAAUUAGGACGAUUUAAGGUCUCACGGGCUAUCGAAGAGCCUGCUGUCCAGCGACCGGCCUGCACCGAGUCUUCCUCCACCACCUCCUCCACUUCAUCUUCCUCAUCAUCCUCUACUCUCUCUAGCCCAGAGAACACAUUGCACAAAAACUCCUCGUCGCCUCUGAAAGCGGAAGGAGCAGAAAAAACAGGAGACGUGGUGGACGGGCCCCCUCACAAGACUCCCGUUGGAUCCCACCACCCCUCCCCUCUAACAUCCCCUUGCCCCUCCCCCAAACCACCUACCACCACCAUAGGACGCUUUCAGGUUACUACUAAACCCGAGGCCCGCGUUGGUAGAUUCUCAGUCAGUCGUGCUGAGGAGCAGAGUCCUCCACCUGCUGCCAAAGCUGCUAAUGGACCCAGCGAUCCUGGCCAAGUUUUGACCCCAGAUUCUACCCAUAAAGCCUCUCUGCCGAGUCUAAACAACUCCUUCAAUAACUCCUACAUCAGCAGUGACAAUGACUCGGAAUUUGAGGAUGAGGACUUCAAACGGGAAGUCACUCGCCUCAGAGAGAAACACAUGCGUGAGAUUCAGGAACUUCAAUCCCGCCAGAAGGAGGAAAUAGACCGUCUGUUCACCAGGCUGGGAAAGGUUCCUCCACCUUCAGUGAUGCCUCCUGUUUUGCCCUUGACUGGCAGGAGGAGACGGCCCGCCAAAAGCAAGUCAUCGAAAUCGUCCAGAACCAGCUCCACGCACGGCAGCAAGAGUCCAUUACAGCCAGGCAGCACUUUAUCCGCCCAGAGCGUCCCGACUAUGUACCCCGGCCAGCUGGCUCUGCUAGCCCCAGGAGGAUUAGCCGAUUCGAACAGCAGCACUCUGCUCCAGCCCCUCAAACCCUCUCCCUCCAGUGACAACCUGUGUUCAGCCUACACCAGCGAGGCGGCGCUCUCUGUGCCCAGCCUGUGUGCUCCCACCCCAGGGACUAAUAGCACCAAUGCAGUGAGCGGUUCAGGUGGUUUGGGUCAAAGCCAGGGGGGUUCUCAGUGUCUGGCCCCCAACAUGCCAGCCCCACACCAGAGGAAAGGAACCUUCACCGAUGACCUUCAUAAACUGGUGGACAACUGGGCCAGAGAUGCCAUGAACCUCUCACAGGGUAAGAGGAGUGCCAAACAGCUGCAGCAGGCUCCGGUGCAGGGACACAGCUAUGAGGUUAUCCAGUCAGCCAGUCUGGGCAGGAAGUACUCCGCUCCCAGCCAGCUGUGUCCCAGCAGCAUAGGUGGUUCAGCCCACAUCCCAACAAACUCCAGCACCGCUACCUCUCUGGCUGCCCGAAAGGGCUCUUUAUGCCACCCUCCUGCCUCCUCCACUCCACCCCAACCCCAGCUUCCCCAGUUCAUCCACUACACCCCAACUGCUGCCUAUAGUGCACAAUGGUCUGGUCCGGCUCACAGCCUGUCCACCCCACACCAAGCACCAACACAGCCUCUGCUGGUCAGUACUUCCCAGCCCCUGGGCCCCUACCCCACGCCACAGGGCCAGAUUACAGGCCAGGGGCCACUCCAAGCUUUCCAUCUGACCAACACCCUGCAGAAGUCAGUCAGUAACCCGGGAGGACCCAACUUGAGGACCACGUAGGGCUCAGAGUGAGGGCCGGUUUAAAUCACGGCCUGAGAGGACUGGUGUGAAGUGGAGUGUUCAUCGCUGGAUUGACUACAAAGUGUGAUUUAUUUUAUUUUUGUUGGGAGAGGGGGGGGUUCAGACGGGGGUAGGAAUUAAAAUGUGCAUGAGAAGCCAUCAGAGAAAAGAAGUGCAGCCUUUCUGCUGUGGGCUUGUAGCAAAAGAAAAAGACUCAGAGUACAAUGAUAAAGGCCAAAGAGGUUCUGACAGGGUGUGUGGGCUUGCUGUCAAUAAUUGUCUGCAUGUUUGCUCUAAUGGCUGGUUUACACUUGUUGGAUUUCACGCUCUGACAUGAGUUAACAUAUCUUUACAUAAUAUGGGUUAGCGAGUCGUGCUUACUAGACAGAAGACAUCACAUCAGGCUCAGGAGGAGGAAGAAUGUGGUAGCCAGCUUUUACAAAAUCCAACUUGAGCCCUUCUGUCCAUGCAGUACCUUUUCAUCAAUUCCUGCUGGUACUGAUUUUAAGGCCUCUGCUGUCCAUGUUUAUCAGUCUUUGCUAGAAAUCCCAACAAAAAAACUUGCAACAAUGCAUUUCUUCCAUUGGGGCUGAGCAUUGCUAGCCCUCACAUUAACCGAUAUUGUUGCUUAGUGUUAAGAAUCAAAAUCAUCAGUGUUUCUGACAGCAGUUAGCAUCCUUACAGCAUUACAGGAGGAGAUGCAAAUGGCAGCAGAUAGAAGGGUGAGCUGAGAGCAGAAGACGAGUCCGCGUAACUCGAAUCGAAUGUUUCAGGAAGUCGUUUGGAAGUUGGAGAGCCUUCCUAACCUUUAAAAGCACAAAGCGAAUCAAGAUUAAAUCAAAUACAUAUCGAGACUAGAUGUAGCCCAGCAUCUCCACCGUCUUCUUCUCCCCCUCCCCACCACUUAGUGUGACAAAGUAUUCAAGCAGGUAGAGAGAUCAUCAUCAUCAGCUUCCUGUUUCAGCUCACUUUAUGUCAAUGGGGGUACCAAAUGGGCAGAACAGAUGCUUCACGACUUCUUUCGUCCCUCUCUCUUCACCUCCCUGUUGCCAUUUGAAGCAAUAACAGCAGAAACCUUUUAGAAGAGGACAAAAAAAGCCCAAACACAAGAGAACUCAGUGUGUAAAAGUGACCUUGUUAUCAAGAUAAUGUCCAUGUACAGUUUGUGUCUGUUUUUUUCAAAUGUCUGCUAUGAUGAUUCCAUUUUUUUUGUGUGUGUCGUUGGGUUGGUUCCCUUGUUGCCCCCCCCCACCCCCACCCCAGCUAGCAAUCUGACGCAUACACAUUCACACACCCACGUAACUCUUGUGACAUUCAUAUAAAUACACAAAGCCGCAUACAGUCAUUCACAGACUCAUGUAAAUACAUUCACGCAUUGUUGGAGGUGUAGCAGCCGUCAGACUCGUGGGCCGUGCCUCAGUUCUUAGUGUCAUAAUUAGGUCGGUUUCAAUAUCUGGGUUGAAAUGCAAUGUACAUUAUUGUCAUAGUUAUUGUUGUUAAUGAUUGUUCUAUUUAAAAACAAACAAAAAACAAAACCGUGUUCUGUCAAUGGACCUGUUAUAUGUGCACAUCGCUGUAUGAUGUGGAGACACUGUGAUUAUUGUUGUUUGUUAUUAGCAAAUGUUGUUGGACAACAUUAGUUUUAGGGUGAAUUUAAAAACAAAAAAAAAAGCAUAUGUAGAAUAGUUUUUUGGGGUCCUUUCGCUUUCAAUUCACAGCUUUCCACAAACUAAUUUUUGGAGAUCGGUAACCCCUCUCUCUCUCUCUCUUUUUUCAAUAAGCGUCCUUCUGUCAGUUUACUGAGGACACACUUCCAAACCAAUGCCUUACCAACAACUAACCAACCGCUAUUUCAGGUCAUCUCUAUAAACUGGGUGAAUUGAAAGCCGAAACUGACCUGAGUAUAAAGACAAACCGGAGUGAACGCCAGGAUAGUUGAUAUUUAGAUAAUAAAGUAAAGCUAGCUAUUUUUUUCUUAAUACAGUACUUAUCUAUCAGACACUUUAAAUAGCCCUCCCCUUCCCUUUCUCCCCUGGUUUUGUUAGAUGAAUGUGAAUGUAUAAAAACCAAUGGUGUCCAUUUUUAAUGUACUUGAAAAAAAAAACAACCCUGUCUUUUAUUUUCGCUUGUCUUCGCUACCCCUGACCCCUCUAGAGCCUCCAGCGAUGGCUGGAGGUAUUAAACUAGUGCCUUGCUUCCUUCCUGUUGCUUCUCCAUUGGAGGUUAAAGUGAGCACAUUGGACAGAAUGUGUGGAGGAUAAAAGGGUGUUGCUGUGAAGUUUAGCGGAAGAGGCCUGCAGUGUAUAUGUGCGCGCAUGUUUAGGCCGGGUUGUGAUGAAUCCUCCCGAGUGUAUUUUCUGCAAAAUGGGGAAAUUUGGAGUGAAUUGCUCUGCUGCCGUUUGAACGAAGGUUGAGAUUGACGUCAAAAGACGGAGAAAGGCCACCGUUUGUUAUCAGUGUUGUUUCUAUUGCUGUAUAUUAUUAUUUUUUUCUUCAGUUUUAAGGAGGGAGUUUAUUGAAGAUUGUAUUCGAAGCUUGGACCACUCUGUACUUUGACCCGAGUGCAGCAUACUUGCGGGGAGAGCAUGCCGUGGUACAGUGACAUAAUGUUCUUUUUAAUGUGAGAUCAGCUGAAAUUAAAGACUUGUUUUAGCUUUCUGUCAGGAUUUGAAACUCUGAGGCCAUCAGAGCUAACCAGGAAUGUGAUAUAGGCCAUGAUGUCGCACUCUACUGUCAGAUAAAUUUGGGUUUACUGAAACAUUGUGAGAAGCGCAGGCUAAUGGCCCUGUUUAGGUAUGUCUGAAACCCUGUUUAUACUUGGCGUUUAAAUGUAUCUGGAGGGAUCAGAUCACAUGUGGAUGUGGCACUAAAUAUAAAAAGGACCACCAAGGCACACUGUGAUAGGCUGAGGUAGUCUGCAGUGCAUCAGGCCACUUCUUUGAAGUGUAAACAUUGUUAUGCCCUGAUGCGUCCCCAUCAAGGACUUCAGAGGGAAGCAUGUAACCAGUGCAAGAUGUACAGUAUAGGUCCUUUUUCCUCUUGUUCUGCCUCCUUUGCAAGUCACAAAUGAAUUAUCUGUGUUUGUUUGCUAGCCUUUAACUAUCUAGCAGAAGUCACAUAUACAGGAGGUAUCCAAGCAGUCAGCUGGACACUUUCAGACACUGUAAACAACAGCUGUAAUCUUGUGAUCCGGUCACCCAAGAUGCAUUAUUCAAACAGAGUCUAAAAAAGGUUCGGUAUGUCUAAAUAAGCAACCUAACACUUGAAAAUGCAACUUAAAAAAAAUGUAGCCAAAUUGUGGUUGGUGCAUACAGAUACACUGUGACAUCAUCUUUUUCUGAUACAUUUUAAACUAGUUGGAAAUAACUAGUUGGAAGAAUGAAAGGAAUAAAGAAAAACAAGGCAGGACUUUGUCAGGACCCAUAAAAAUUCUGCAGUGGUGUACCACCAUCCUUGCAGCUGUCUUAUAACCCACGAUGCCAUUUUUUAUGAGGAAAAAUAUUAACGAGGCUGCACAGUUGUCAGCUGUCUUUACAGAAAUUGAAAAACAAACAAAUAAAAAUCAGCUUUAACGAGUUUUUGAGUGAAGGCAUGACAGAGAUGAUGGCAGUCAUGAUGAUUGAUGGAUUUAAAGGAGUACGUGCAAGGCCUCUGGCACCCUCUACUGUUUUUUUUUUUUUUUUUUUUACCUGUAACACAAAUUUGGUACAAACUUCAAAGCUUUGCAUCUUUCCACUGCUUUUUGCCAGAUUGUGUGUAAGUUACUUUGUAAAGUUUGUGCAAAAGAGCAUAGAUCUUUUUUCGUUAUAUUCCUCGAGAAAAAAUAAUGCGACAUUUUUUACUACUAGGCAAGUUUGGUUGAAGCUGUGAAUAGUUAUUGAGCCACUUUGCUUCUGAGUUCUCAAUAUAAGCAUUCUGUCAGACCUGCCACAAACUCAGUGUCAUUUGGGGGUUUUUUUGUCAGUGGAGGAAAAAAGUGGCGUAGUUACCUGCUUUAAUUCACUGGAGCUGUUUGAUUUGCCAGGUAUCAUCCUGGAUCUGCACUUUGCAGCUGCAGAUUUGAGGUUUGGUCAUAUUUUACUGUCUCUCUGUUACGCAAUGAUUACAAUAAAAGGAAUACCUGCUGCGCUGCAAUGCCCCUGCAUGCAGUAUUAUUAAAGUGACAGUUUUAAUAUCAAUAUCAAACUGAGAUUACAGUAGGUUUUGAUGGCUAUGCCCCUGCUGGAAGUGGGUGCAGUUAUUGUGAAGUUUUGGAGUUGUCGUGGAGGAAUUUUACUGUGAAAGGCUCGAAAGUUUUCCAGCACAGGCACUCUUAUUGUGAAGUUUCCUCGAGUUAAAGUGGAAAAGUAGGAUUGUGUGUUUCAGGAGAGGCGUGCACGGUGUAGCAAUAGUUUGAACUCGCUUGCAUUAGAAUCAGUUUCCUGUUGAUGUGUUUUCCAGUUUUCACCUCUUCAGGGCUCGCUUACCCUUUAUGCUUUCCACUGUAGAAGUGCCCACAUGUAAAAAACAAACACAAGAGAGAGGAAAAAAAACAACAAAAGAGAUUCUGCCUUUCAGUGCACACACACAUAAAGCCACAGUCACAGAUACAUGCAACUCCUCGCUGUUUUAUGUAGCUUGCUCCUGUGAAAUGAUGUCUCGAAAACAGCAACAGUUUCUGUGAGCGUUGCUGAAAAUACGUCGAUUUUGUUUCUCGUCUCUCUCGACUCUCACAUUUUGGUUUCUUGAAUUCUCACUUGUUUUAUGUGCCGUUUUACUGUCUCUACCAGCUCCUAAUUUAAUUCAUUGCUUUCCUUUUUCUGUAUUGUGGUUGACGUUGUUCAAACGUGGUCGGAUUUUAAAUAAACAAAUAUGGAAGAAUGAAAGAGAAUAACAAAAAAAUAAAUACAUGUAAGGAGUCAUCGACAGCCUUUAAUGGUAUGUUUUGCACUAAGUAUAGAGUGUUCAAGCUUCUUAUUAAAAACAAAACUUUGCGCUUUGCGCUACAAUACAAUAAAUUUGUUACUUUAUUUGUAAAAACUUAAUAAAUAAAAGUUGUUUAAAUGAA